CUUUUGAGCUCCAAAAACUUCCCGGCAACUCUCCCUAGUUCCCAUUUGACUCUCACCCCGUCCUAAAACCCUAACAAUGUCUACAGAAACCCUAAAGCAAUUCCACAGGCUUCCACAGUCAACCUACAUAGACGCUCUCCGGUUUCUCCCUCCUUUAUCCGCAUUCGACCGCUACGUCGUUAUAGCGUCAUUCAAUUCCGAUACCGACGAAACCUCCAUUGGGAUCCAUGCCUUAAACCCUACAGAUGCACCGACUCUAACCUUACAAUCCUCAUUCCCAACAUCGUCCAGGAUAUCCUCUCUAAAAGUUGCACAAAAGUCGCUCCAAAACCCCUUAAUUGCUGCUUCCACCUUCGCUGGCUCCCUCCAUAUUCUUUUCCCAAACCCUAUCGACGCAUCAUUUGAAUCUGAGGUCUCUAUAGCCGAAAAAACCUUGCAUCUGGGACCAAUUUCGUGCCUGGAUUUGCAGGAAAAUGGUUCCGCGUGCGUGAGUGUUGGAGAAGAUGGGAGAGUGAACUUGAUUAGCGUCGGUGAUUCGGGUUUGGACUAUCGUCGAGUUUUUGAUAGCAAGGGGUUGGUUUCUUAUACUGCAGCGCGAUGGGCGUCUCCCACGGAGUUUGCUACCGGCGGCUUGGGAAAUUCUCUUCAGUGGUGGGAUCAGAGGAGACCUGGAGGGCCAGUUUCACAGUUCAAGGGCAACUGGGCUGAAGGAGCUUCUUCUGGCGUUGUACAUUCUAUCGAUAUUCAUCCAUCACGAAAGCACACGUGUCUGGCAGGAGGCUCUUACGGAAGUGUAUUUGCAUGGGAUCUUCGAAGGCAACAGCAGCCAAUAAUUCUUUCAGGAAUUGGUACUAAUGACACAGCAUCUAAUAUAUGUAUAUCUUCAAGUGAUGUAUGGGAGGUUCAAUAUGACACUUUUAUGAGCUCUUCAAAUCGUGCUAAUGCUAAUAUUUCAUCUGAUCGAGUCUUACCUGUUAUGAUGUGCUCAGAAGAUGGGAUUCUUGCUGUUGUUAAACAAGGUGAAGAGCCUACUGAAAUACUGGCUGAAAACUGUGCUAUUAAUAGCUUUGACAUUGAUCCACAGAACCCUUCGGAUGUGAUAUGCAGUUUGGAAUGGGAGUCGGUUGCCAUCUUGACUAGGGCAUAGGUGUCAACGAUGAAUAUCAAAUAUUUUUAUAAAUUAAAGUUUAUGAAUCUGUUCUAUAGUUAUAUGCUUUGAUGAAACUGGAAUUGGAUUCCAAUUCCAGCCAUUGUUUUGUUUGUUGUCAAUUAUUAGACCCUUUUAUUCUAACAAACACUUCUUUCCAUAACUGAAGAACAUAGCCAAAAACACAAAACCAUC